ACUAUAUAUAAAUAGGUCGUUAGUUUAUCUCUUUCUUUUCCACCCUUCCUCAUUCUCCACUGAUACACAAAUGGAUCUGAUCUUCGAGACUCAGAGAGGUUCAUCAUUCUCCAUUGAAGUGGGUUACUUCGAUACGGUUCUAGAGAUCAAAGGGAAGAUCGAGAAGUAUCAACGCAUCCCUGUCCCCACACAAACCCUUGUCUUCCAAGGCAAGGUUCUUCAAGACGAUCACAAUAUCGAGCAAUGUGAUCUCUUCAACAACUCUCGCCUCCAUCUCUUCAUCUCUUCUCCUGGUAACAACGACAAAAACCGCAUCAAGCAAGAGCUCAAACCCGAGCCGCCAAACUCAACAGAACAACAGAUCAUCGACAACUGUAAUCAAGAUUCCAGCAACAACAAGAAAAAGAAGGCGAGGGUGGUUACGAUGGUGGUGCUGAAAUGGGGGACCACGAAGAUUCCAGUGGAGGUGAACGUAGAUGAUAACGUUGGAGUGCUGAGGAAAGAGCUGGCCAAGAUUCAACAGAGGUUUGAGUUAAACAAGCCUCAACCUCAAGAAGGCUAUUUCUUCAUAUACAAGAAGAAUGUAAUGGACGAUGACCGGUCAUUCCGGUGGCACCGUGUUGAACUUGGUGAUGUAAUUGAGCUAUCCGAUGGAAGUGUUUCCGGUGGCUCUUAAUG